GGCCAGCUGUGUUCCAUGGCAGGAAACCAGUGGCAGAGCUCCCACUAUUUACAGUGGAUUUUGGAUAAACAGGAUCUGUUGAAGGAACCCCAAAAGGAUGUAAAACUUCUCUCGGAGGAAGAAUAUUGGAAAUUACAAAUAAUUUUUACAAAUGUUAUCCAGGCAUUAGGUGAACAUCUUAAAUUAAGACAAGUUAUUGCCUCUGCCGCAGUCCAUUUCAAGAGAUUCUGUGCCAGGUAUGCUCUGAAAAGCAUAGAUCCUGUGUUAAUGGCUCCUACAUGUGUGUUUCUAGCAUCCGAAGUUGAGGAAUUUGGAGUAGUCUCAAAUACAAGACUGACUGCUGCUGCUGCUUCUGUAUUAAAGACUAGAUUUUCGUACGCCUUUCCCAAGGAAUUCCCUUCUAGGAUGAACCAUAUGCUGGAAUGUGAAUUCUGUCUUUUAGAACUAAUGGAUUGCUGCUUGAUAGGGCAUCAUCCUUACAGACCUUUGCUCCAGCAUGCGCAGGACAUGGGCCCAGAGGACACGUUGCUUCCCCUUGCAUGGAGGAUAGUGAAUAAUACCUACGGGGCGGAUCUUUGCCUCCCGCAUCUUCCCUUCAUGAUAGCUUUAGCUUGCCUACAUGUGGCCUGUGUUGUACAGCAGAAAGAUGCCAGGAAGUGGUUUGCUGAGCUUUCUGUGGCUAUGGAGAAGAUUUUGGAAAUAAUCAGGGUUGUUUUAAAACUAUAUGAACAGUGGAAGAAUUUCGAUGAGAGAAAAGAGAUGGCAACUAUUCUUAGUAGGAUGCCCGAACCAAAACCUCCUCCAAGCAGUGAAGGAGAUCAGGGGCUAAAUGGAAGUCAGAACUCCACCUACAGCCAAUCUUAA